CAUAGAGUUAUGAGUUCUUUCUAAAAUUUUCCCGCUCUGACACAUUAGAUUUACAUUUCUGCAGCGGCAGAAGAGUUUUUUGUUUUCUUGUGGCUCUGCAUUGUUUUCUUGUGGCCACACCCCCAGCUACCAAUGUUGAACCUGGCAGGAGGAAGGUGCUUGCUCACCCUUUUUGUGAACUGGGCGUUUUCGGUAAUAGCUGCUGUCGCUUCUGGCCUUCGCCCAGACGCAUCGUCGCCACACGAAGUAGCGUCCGCCUCUAUGAAUCAUGCGAGUGGUCGCGGUCGGCUGCGUCGCGUGCGCGUCCGCUCGCUGCCACCGGUCCUGCACCUAGACCUCCGACACAUCCAGCACUACGCCGCGACACGCAGCCGCUCGAAAUCCCGAACGCCGAGACUAGAUCUGCGGAAACGCAGCAUGUUGGGCUCGUUGCCGAUGCACUCGGUGUGGGACUAUGGGGAUGAUAACUUUGAAAGAUCCCACCUGCCCGGCAACCGGGCGGAGCGACCGUCGUCUGCGAGUGCGAAUUACUUGGGACGAGCCGGAACCGGCUUACCUGCAACAUUGGCCUUGCUGCCGAAAAGCCGCACACCUUCUCCGCCUGCGCGUCCUUGUCCAGAUGCUAAAGCGAUACCAAUUACUAGUCCAGCUAGAAACGGAGUAAAAACAGAACCACCAGCUUCGUCUUGUGGAGCGUUCACCUCAUUGUCAGUGCCUCCUGCUUCAUCGUCAACCGUUCAAGCGAAGAUCGCCACGUCUUUCUUCGCAGCAGGACCUGACCACAGCGCUACGGGACGAGUGGAGCCAUACCAACCUACUUGUCGACAUCAAGGGGAAGGGUGUGUAAUGUCGCCUUUCAGUUUUGCUUUUGGUUCUGCUCCCCCCGGCAGGCGCAGGUGUGCGAAUGUCGGAUCAGAUAGCGAAGCGACUCCGAGCACAUCCAGUUCCCGCAGUGCGCCGAUCAUGAUGCGAGGGUCAUGUAAUCCGGCUGACACUUUGAAGAUGAUCGCGAAGCAAGAGCAUGUUUUCUAUUCCCCCGAUGCUAAGAUGAUCGCGAAGCAUGAGCACGUUUCACUCUCUUCCCCCGAUGCUAAGAUGACUAUGACACCACGCGAACUUCCUGCACCUGCUCCGGGGCCCCCGCGGCACGACAAGGAUGUGGCUUUCGCAGGAGAUGGACAGGCGCCGCCCUACUUCCAACUUGGCGGGGCGAUAGAGCGUCGGAGGUCUCCGCCUUCUUCAUCCGCCUUCUUCAUCCUUUCUACAUUCGCGAGCCAACCUGAGGCACCUAUCGGAGCGCCGUGUCUAGUAGCAGUGCCGAAGGACUCGCAUCCUCCCUCGACGGGGGAUGGAGGUUCUGUUGAGCAAGCUGCCGCUGCUGCUGAAGCUCGUGAUAACGUAGGUCGAGGCCAUCAUGCAGCCCCAACAACUGCAACUAGUGACAUGUUGCAGCAUGAUCAACAGGAUGACAUCGACGUGGACAUGAUAAGUGCCCGGCUCGCUGCGGAGCUCACGAUACGCGAUGAGGUUUUAGCCGUUGGCGGCUCGAAGGAGGACAGAGGCGUUUCAAAUAAAGCCAAGCGGGGUCCUUGUCGUAGAAAAUGAGAAAUUUUGCAAGCAUGAUAUGCAUAUCUAAGGAUGGGCGCUGCCUUACAUUUUCCCCGCCAUCACAGCGACGCGCUUGAUAUACUGCACAAUGCGUAACAACUGGCGAACUUGAAAUUUUGUUUUGAACGACGACGAGCAGAAGAAUCAAAAUGUAUAGAAACCGAAGGAGCGCGAUAAUUUUGUCGUGUACAAGUAUCGCCACUUCAAAAGAUGAAAACAUAAAGACACGCGCGAGAAGAUUUACGACUACAUGUAUCAUGGUUGAGACAUUUAAAUUUACCAUGUCAGCCAUAGUACCUAGCACUAAAGCUAUAUAAUCUAUUCUAAAAAUUAUCGUAUACCACUGCUGACUUGAUAAAUUGAAACUUCUACUUUAGGUUCAGCGGUAGGUGUUGAUAGCUGGAUGCUGUCACUGACGAUAAACGCGACCUCAAGUAUAAAAGACACAAAGACGAAUAUAUGAUUUUGAUCAUCUCUUUUCAACCCGUUCCUAACUUCUGGGUAAGUAACAUCACAUUUGUUCUGACCGCAGAAUGUCCCCAGUUGUAACAUAGGUACGGAAAAGUCAUUUUCCGUAUUCUGGCUCGGUUUUUUCUGGUAGAAGACUCAAAAGUGCGCCAUCAGACGAGCACAGCAGGCGCAAUCGAAGUGUCAUCGGCUGGUAAUUCAAUCAUCUUGAUCGGUAAUGAGGCCCAGACAGGAGACAAUAAAUUGUCCUAUGUGCUGUAGUGAGGUUAGAGAGGAUCUUUUCGCAUGUCUGUCGUUUUUGAUCAAGUUUUAUCAAGUGAAGCCUUCUCGCUCUUCUUCCCUAUCCAGGACCGACGCACCGAGCUGAAAUUGAGCCAAUACGCGGCACCUGUAUGAUGUGUCACCAAUAUUAUUAUUAACUAUCUAUAGAAUAUCAGAAGUUCCUGUGCCUGAUACAUAGGUUCUACAAUUUUGUGUCAGAAGCUGGGGGUUAUAUCUCGACCGAGUUCGCCCUCGCUGACCUCUGUCAGUCUAGUAGUGCAUGUGGUGUCUCUGUCUCUCGGCUUUUGAUGUUGUUGAUAGUGUUUAUAUGUUUUAGAUCUACUGUGGUAUAUGUACGUUUCAUUGAUUCUUUACGAUGUCGUGUUUCAUGUUGUUAGAUUUAGCAGCAAGUUUUGAGGAACACGAGCAAGAACAAGAUUGAAAACUUGUGCAUGUGCUGGCGCCGUUCGUAGGUUUAGCGAACCCCGCACAAAAAUGAACUGCGCCCGCUGACCUCGGAGUUUUUCUAGUUUGGCAGAUGAAGGCUGGGAGCUUUCACCCAAGUCGAUUCGCCACGGACCGCCCGCAUCCGUCUGCGUCUCGGCCCGAAAUCGGUACGCAAAAGCCGUAAGGAAAGGGGGGCUCUGCUCCGUCCCGGAGAGAAAAAUAGACCUAUAGCACAGCUGGAUAGAAGCCAAACUCGAGUGCGUCGAUGGAUAUAUGUUCUUGCUCUUGGAGUUGGACUAUGUUAGUUUUAGUACUGGUAAUGCUUUCGUGUUUGUGUACUUGUUUCCGUUUUGUAGAUAGAUGAAAGACGAUAUAGUUGUUCGAAGAUUUUUGCCUGCGAAAAAUGUCUCUUCAUUCAUUUUCUGUGGUGCCUGUGAAGUACAACAAUUUUGAUUCACAGCCCCAAUGUUGACAUCGAGAACAAGUCGAUUUCAACAUUUUUUCAAGAAUUCCGGC